CGGUCAUAGUGAAUGCGGGGUCCGGGGAGAGCGGAUAUAGUGAAUGCGGGGUCCGGGGAGAGCGGAUAUAGUGAAUGCGGGGUCCGGGGAGAGCGGAUAUAGUGAAUGCGGGGUCCGGGGAGAGCGGAUAUAGUGAAUGCGGGGUCCGGGGGGAGAGCAGAUAUAGUGAAUGCGGGGUCCGGGGGAGAGCGUAUAUAGUGAAUGCGGGGUCCGGGGGAGAGCAGAUAUAGUGAAUGCGGGGUCCGGGAAAGAGUACCUUGUCCAGGGGUGGGGGAGGGGACUGUGGGGAAUG